CGCCCGAGCCGUAGCGGCGGCCCCGGGGGAGGAGCUAAGGUGCGCGGAGGCGGAAGCGCGUCCUUCCUUCCGCUCUCGGAGCAGCGGCCGCCGCGGUUGGAGCGCUCUGAACCCGGCCCAGGACCAUGCCUCGCAAAAUUGAGGAGAUCAAAGACUUCUUGCUGACAGCGAGGAGGAAGGAUGCGAAAUCUGUCAAGAUCAAGAAGAACAAGGACAAUGUGAAAUUCAAGGUGCGCUGCAGCAGGUACCUGUACACCCUGGUCAUCACUGACAAGGAGAAGGCUGAGAAGCUGAAGCAGUCCCUUCCCCCAGGUUUGGCAGUGAAGGAGCUGAAAUGAACCAUUCACACCUAAUAUCUCCAUGUUUAUUACAAUAAACUGAAUUGUUCUCAA